AUGUAUAUUGAGUUGUUAAUCAAUCCUGAAAUAAUAAGAGCUUGUCCAGCUUUGAUCCCAUAUGUGAAUGAGUUUCUGGAGAACAAAGCCUAUAGCAAGGGAAAAGGAGAUUUUGCUCGCAAGAUGGACACGCUUGUAAAUCCCCUGCGUAACUCAAUGAGAAAUGUUUCAAAUGUUGUUAAGUCAAUUCCAGACAGUCUGGCAGAAGGAAUGACAAAAGUAUCAGACAAUAUGGAUAAGUUGGGACAUGAACUUAAGCAUACAUUUUUGAAGGUUCCGCCGUUAAAGCCAGAAGAAGAUAGUGAACAUGUUCGUGUUUCUGCCCAGCUGGAUGAUAAUGUUGAUGACAACAUUCCUCUCAGAGUUAUGCUGCUUCUUAUGGAUGAAGUAUUUGACUUAAAAGAUAAAAAUCACUGGUUAAGAAGAAAUAUCAAAAACUUACUUCAGCAGCUUAUCCGAGCAACUUAUGGGGACACAAUCAACAGAAAAAUUGUGGACCAUGUUGAUUGGAUGACUUCACCAGAGCAAGUUGCAGAAACUGUAAAACGAUUCAGAGAUUCCUUCUGGCCUAAUGGUAUCUUAGCAGAAAGUGCACCACGCAGGGAAAAGGCUAUAAGAAUGCGCUCAAGGGUGGCUGCUAAGACUAAGAUGCUGGUGAUUAUGCCAGAUGAACUAAAACAUAUCAUUGGUGCUGAAACAACACGCAAAGGCAUUUUACGAAUCUUUGAGAUGUUCCAGUAUAACCAGUUAAACCGAAGAUUGGUCUAUGUGUUUCUGGAAGGCUUCCUAGAAACCCUUUUUCCCCAGUACAAAUUUCGUGAGCUCUUCGUCAAAUUGCAUUCACGAUCACAGCGAAUACAAAAAUACAAGCAGAAGUCUCAGCCAGUUCAAGUUGCUUCCUGUCAAAAGAGGUGACACUUCCAGCAUGAAAACUGUACCGUGUGGAUUCGGUCUUGUGCACCUGCCCUAGUUCAGUCUAUGUUACAGCAGUUUCUCUGGGGCUCUGAAACAUACACAGCUGCAGUUAUGAUGCCAUCUUUUUGUGCCAGCCUCUAGAGCCAUGACUCAUUGGCUUACUUCAGAUGAUGUUUGUCUGCUGUUUUUGAUUUUUUUAAUGCACUUUUCCCUCAUAAUAUUCCUGUGUAUCAUAAUUGUUUUGUAUUUAUUAUAACGUCUUCAAAGCUCAUUGAGAAAAUGUGAUUAAUUCGUAAUAGAAGAGCUGUAGAUGCAUGGUCAAACUGCUGCAUCUCAUAGCUGUCUCCUUGUGUCUAGUUAGCAUCAAAACCAAUUAUGCAGCCACUGAAUCAUCUCUCAGACAGGUAAUGGUAAUAGCAGUAUUGCUUAAGGUUAGGGCAAAGCACAAUUAUGAUAUUGCAUUGAAUGAACUAAUGUUUAUCCGAUUUGGAAAGCAAAUGAUGAAUUCAGCACAAAUCAGCAUUUUUGUUUGAGAAAAUGUGAUGGCUGAUGGGCAUCAGUUUCAAAAAGGACAGCAUUAAGAGAGUACAAAUGUGUUCAGUUAUAUGUCUGCAAAAAGCCCAAGUGAACAUCUUUUGUAGCAGAAAUAAUAUUCUAGGUGUUUUAACUGAUGUGAAUUUGAUCUAGUGUCUCAAAAACUAGAUCGCUAAUCUGAGAGAACCACAAGAAUAGGUUGUAUUCCACACACUGCCUGCACUUGUCAAAACAGCUGACUAAAGCAGUCUUUUUUUUUUAGUUGCAUACAUGUCUGUGCUUGGUCCAUAAGUCAAGGAGUUACUGAGCCGUGUAUUUUCAUACAACCGUAAAGCCUCCAGAGAUUAUUGUAAAUUUUAAUGUACAGAGAUUUUAAUGUACUUUAAAGUUGGGUGUGUCCAAGAUAACAAGUGAGUGCUCUGAUUAGGAUUGAUCGGAUUAAUGUUGCCACUGUAGCAAAUAUAAUUUGAGAUUAGCCUUAAAUGUCCUGUUUAAAAAUAGUUUUCUCAUUUUAACCUGACCAGAUUGUUUCCGAAAACUGGCUUUCACUUGUGUACUGGUAAAUAUUUCCACAGAAAUAAGUGCCCAUUUCUGCAAUUGUCAGGAAGCUAUGAUCUGUAAAAUGUAUUGUGCAUUUAACCAAAUCUUAUUUCUGACAAACAUCUUUAUGGAAACUAAUUUAAAUGGGCCCCAUCCAUAUACUUUAUACUGAGAUUUUAAUUUUGUGCAAUAUUUCUUUAGCAUAUGUGCAUUUAAAUAAAUUGUAUAAUGAAAAAUUUUAAAUGUUUUGAAAUGUAUGUUUAACAGUCGUCUUAACCCAACAACGUGCAUUCUGUUGUUGAUGCAUUAGUUUAUUUAAGGACUUGUUUUAAAAGUCUAGUCACUCCUUGUAAAACUCACUUGUCACGGAUGAAAUUUCCUCAUCCGAGCACGGCUUGUAAACUACAGGGGGAUCUUAAGAGCACAUGGUAAAUAGCUAUUAAUGAAUUUGUGCAUUUCAUUGUACAGUGUCAACAGUGUGCCUAAUUGUACUGUCGAUUUUUUUUUCUUAUUUCUGAAAGAACAAAUGUCAAUCAGAAUGUCUUGGUGGUUUUUAAUAGACUGAAGAGGAACUCUAAAUUUUUGAGUUUGCAUUACGCUAUUAAAAUGUUCAAUAGAACAGACGAAGAAAAGUAUCACACUAAAUAAAGUAUUAACUGAAAUAUGA